AUGGCUGUUGUGUUGGCUGUUCAACGAUGGCGACCUUAUCUGUUGGUAGGCAAAUUUAAAGUGAAAACUGAUCAAAAGGCACUGAAAUUUUUGUUGGAUCAGAGGGUUAUUCAACCCCAAUAUCAAAAGUGGAUAGCAAAACUGUUGGGGUAUUCGUUUGAAGUUGUUUACAAACCAGGAGUAGAAAACAGAGCAGCAGAUGCACUCUCAAGAAAGCCGGCUAAAAUACAGUUGUUUGGGUUAUCUAUUACGGUAACAGUGGACUUGGAGAGAAAUAAGUCAUUGGCCUCGUCUCCAGCUGGGUUGUUAGUGCCGUUGGAAAUUCCUCAAUCCAUAUGGAGUGACAUUUCCAUGGAAUUUGUGGAAGGUCUUCCAAAAUCUGGUGGUUUUGAAGUUAUUUUAGUGGUGGAUCGGUUGAGUAAGUACGGUCAUUUUCUUCCUCUCAAACACCCUUUUACAGCUAAGCUAGGGGCGGAAUUAUUUGUGAAGGAAAUGGUCGUUUAUGGACAACAACCCCCAGCGAUAGUAUCUUAUGGAGGUGUACCAUCUAAGAACUCAACCGUGGAAGAGAUGUUAUGGGAGAGGGAUAAUAUUUUGACUGCUUUGCGUGACCAUUUACGCUUGGCACAAGAGUAG